AUGCGAUCCGCGCUACUGGUAUUUCUGGGCAGUUGCUUUAUUUGGCAAAUGACGGAGCCUCAGUUGGUUUACAAGCUUACCAAAGUGGAGUGCCGGGGCAAUCAGACUCGGGUUACUAACAUCUCAUGCCACGUUAAGCCGAUCAAUUGGAAUAUGGCUGUGAUCAACCUGGAUUGCUCCUUGAACAUGCCUGUUCUGAACCCAGUUGUUCGGAUACAGCUGUUUCAGAAGGACUACAGUAACCAGUACAAGCCUUUCCUGGUUGACGUUGAUAUCAAGCUUUGCGAAGUGAUUGGAAGAAGGAACUUUUUACCUUAUGGCGUCAUAGCGUGGAAGUUGUUGAAGCGUUUUACUAAUGUAAACCACUCCUGCCCCUUUUUGGGCCAAAUAAGAUUCCGCGACGGGUAUCUGGACACCAAUCUUAUACCACCGCUCCCCCAAGGAUUCUACCAGCUCAGUAUAAUAAUCGUGGAUUUAAAUUCUACCAAUGGAGCCUAUGUGGGCACCAUUAAGUACUAUGCACAAGCCAUGGAAAAGAUUAGAAGCAAGAAAGUUCCCAGAGCAAAUUUGGAAUGAUCCAGUGGUUAUUCCAAUAUUGACCGGUGGACAAAGUACGAUACUAGCACAUUAUUUGUUUUUUAUAGUUCUUACUCCUCUGCGCGUUACGAGUUCUUCGAUUCUCAGAAUCUGUUUGCCUCCAAUUGUACAAUAUAUAUAUAUAUAUAUGUGAUUUAUAUUAAUAACA